GGGCGGGGACCAGGGCUGCACCCAGGCGGCCGCGCGCUGGCGCUCAGAGCCUCCGCGGCGCCCUGGGAACUGGGAACGCAGUUAGAGCCGGUCUCCGCGGCCCCAGGUCUCGGCGCCCACCAUGCGGCUGAGUCCUGGCCUGCUGUUGCUCCUCCUCAGUGGCCUGCAAGCUGUUAUUCAAGCAGAGGAAGUCAGGGCCAUGGUGGGCAGUGACGUCAAACUCAGCUGCGUCUACCCGGGAACAGAUCGUUUCGACCUAGACGACCUGUUUGUCUACUGGCAAGUCAGCGAGUCAAACGCAGUGGUGACCUACUACCUCCCCGGGAACAGCUCCACAGGCCUCGAGGACAGCCACUACAAGAACAGGGCACACCUGUCACUGGACAGCAUGCAGCAGGGGGACUUCUCCCUGCACCUGCGCAAUGUCACCCCCCAGGACGAGCAGAAGUUCAACUGCCUGGUGUUUAGGAAAUCCUUAGAGCUAGGAAGGAUCUUGGAAGCCGUGGUCACACUGCACGUGGCAGCCAACUACAGCAUGCCGGUGGUCAGCACGCCCAGCCGUCCCUCUGCAGAGCAGGAGCUCACCUUCACCUGCGUGUCUACAGACGGCUACCCGAGGCCCAGCGUGCACUGGAUCAACAAGACGGACAACAGCCAGCUGGACAAGGCCCUGCACAACGACACGGUCUCCCUGAACCAGCGGGGCUUGUACGAUGUGGUCAGCGUCCUGAGGGUCCCUUGGGCGCCCAGCGUGAACGUCGGCUGCUGCAUAGAGAAUGCGCUUCUGCACCAGAACCUCACGGGGACAGAGACCUUCAUUGGACCUGAAGCCAUGGUGACAGACAGCCCAGUGCGUCCCCAACAGGAGGGGAGUGCGGCCGUCGUCAACACCCUUGCCAUCCUGCUGGUGAUGGUGAUCGUGGCUGUGGCCACAGGCUGCCUGUGCAGAACCAGGUGUCCCCGUCGCAGCUAUACAGGUGCAAGGUUCGUGCAGUAGGAGGAAGAGCCCACAGGUGAGUUGCCCCCAGAGAACACAGUUCGAGGGACCGCCAGGCGGGCACGGCUGGGGCACCUUCACGCCCUCAGAACCUCAGUUGUUUGCCCUAGCACCUGAUGGUCCUGGAAAUGCGGGGAGAUUGCAAAGGUGCACCUGGCAUUUCCUGUUGGCUCCCUCAGCGCCAGGACCUGUCCCUGUGUGCUCUUCCUGAUGCCACACAUGACAGAAACUUCCAAACUACACACAGCAGGGUCCAGCCAAUGACCCAGGUCCUUCCCUACCCUCUGCACUGCCUGGAGUUUGUGUGUCCCUGGCCCCUCCCUAGCUGGGACUGUGGCCUGCAGGCAGCUCUGUGGCCCUGUGGACCUGGUGACCCUGGUCUCAGGAGCAGCAGUAGAGGUGGAUUCCCAGCUUAGGAAGAGCUCGGUGUGGGGGGCUACAGCCCCAGGCAGGAGCUUGGACCAGGGGCCAGGGGCUCUGCCUGAGGCGGUGGCUGCAUGUCUCCUUACCUGGGUCUCUUACCCGGGGCCCAGGGACCUGAGCUGUGUGAUGGCUGGCUCUGCAGGGAACCCCAGGCUGUGCCAAGCAACUCCAGGUCAUCUUGGAACAGAACUUGCUAGAAUUCUAAGGCCACCCGUGGUGUUAGCUGCCUCCUGAAGCAGCCAUCCCCAGUUUCCAGGGUCUUCCUGGGUCCUGGGGAGAUGGGUCUCUUUGCCUUCAGGAUGAGAAGGAAGGCUGGGCACGGGUUGGUGGCAGGGUGCCUGCCUGGCUCGUGAGAAGCCCUGGGUUCAGUCCCCAGCACUGCGAGAAACCAAAGGAGGUGCCAGUGCCUCACGUCCCUCUCUUCUCUUUCCCUCCAAGACCAUGUUUGACAGGAACUCACUGCCCAGGAUGGGGACAGGGUUUCUAUGAAGUGCCACUGGGUGGACAUCAUACACAGCUUGGUGACAAAGGGGACAGUGAGCCACCUGCCCAUGUUGUCUGCCAGGACAGGAUCCACCUGGCCAGGAGGGGCCCAAGAGGCUGACCCUGGGGAGAAGCCUCAGACACUGCCCCACCCAGAGCGAGGUCCUUCCCAACAGGGCAGCAGCACUGGCACACAAGUGCCCAGGAGCCCGCUGAGCCUCUGCGCUUCAGCACCAGGCUCCUCCCAAACCAGGAACCAGGCACAGGCCUCACGGGGCACAGGGGUUCCUGAGAGCCAAGGAAGGGCGUUUGGUUUGGAAGGAGGAACGCGUACCUGCCCUUACAGGAUGACCUCUGUGACCGCGGGAGCAUUGAGGGUGUUUGCAGGAGACCUGACCCAGGGCCUACCAGCUGCUGCCCUGCCAGGAGCUCCCGUGUAGUGUGCGUGUGUGUGUGCACACCUGUGUGCAUGCGUGCGGGAAGUGGCCAUGCCGGAAGCCCCAGGAGACCCGCUGGACUUUGCUCUCCUCUGGGAUCCCUGUGGAAAGAACACUGGAUCUUGCCUGUUUUGUCAAAGGCGCCAUCGUCCUCCUCAAGAGACACAAAGGUGGUGUGCUCCAGAGCCUCCUGGACCUGCCGCUACGCUGGGUACAGGGACCUGUCCCUCUCCCCUCCCCACUCAGCACUAAAAACACACGAGCAGCCGAGGUGGGCUGCACCCCAGUGACCAUCAGAGUCCUGCAGGACUGCCCAGUGGAGGCUGAGGUCCCCUGCCGGCCACGAGGUCUGUCACAUUCCAGCAGCAGUUCCCUCAGAGUCCCCCCGCCUCCCUGCAGGACUCCACAGUGUGAGGCCUCCUGUCCAGUGCCAGUUUCUGCAGCCCGACAGGCCACUCCAUGACAGGCAUCAGCCCUGACCAAGCCUCCCAGGGCAGCCUCUGUGUGCUGGUCCAGAAUGGAUACAGCAGGCCGCUAUUUCCAGGGGGCCUAGGGGCACACCUGUGUGUGUGUGUGCGCACUUCCAGGUGAACCAGGCGUGCACCAUCCCCUGAGACACAGGUCUGACCCCUGGCUGUGGGCGAAUGCCCGCCCUCCUCCUGCCCAGAGCCCCCCAACAGCCCCCGUGGUCAGGGCCUGUGUGUCACGUCCAUGGUCGCUGGGUGCUAACAGGUGUUUAAGGGGUGCACUUCUCACCCAGGCAGAACAAGGCCUCACACUUGUGAGAACUAGUGUUUUUCUGUCCCCACCCCACCCCCUGGUGCUCACAGGCUUGUCACAGAGCAUGGUGACGGAGCCACCCACACUUCAGCAGAAGCGUUAGGGAGUGUGUCCACUGUGAAAGAAUAAGGAAGCCGGGUGGGACGCCUUGAGCUCCGUGACUCAGGGGCUGAAGCAGGAGGACCCCACGUUCCAGGCCAGCAACUUAGUGAGACCCUCUCUCAAAAUGAAAUUAAAACGGGCUGGGGUGCAGCUCGGGGCAGUAUUGCAAAAA